GCUGAAACAAAAUGGAAAAUAAAUAAUAGAUUUCACUAAAUAUAAUUAUAAAUAAAAAAUUCUCAUUCUACCAGUUUAAAUUUUAAAUAGUUCGCGUGACAAAGAAAAUAUUCGAAUAGUUAUUGUGACUUCUUAAUCGUUGAUUUUGAACAAUUAUUCGAAGUUAAAACAUUGAAUACGUUGUAGGCAAAAAAUGGAAACGAAUACUACAAAACGCAAAGAAAAUUUCUACGAGUACUCGACUGAUCACAAAGGAUCUAUUGACAAUCGGUUGAGAAAUAAGUCGUACGAAGGGUCUUUAGAUACAAUUAAACAUUUGUCUCGUGAGUCUUCUCUAUUUUUCAGUCAUAAAUCUUCAGUUUCUAGUCCUUCGAAUCGCGAUGAAUUCUCUAAAGAUGCGACGUUUUUAAACUGUUCGACAGAAACAGAUUCACAGUUCAUGGACUUAUCAAAUCCUAAAGAUGAAAAACGAAGAAAGAGAAACAGAAAAAAUCAAUUUUUGAACAGUAAAGAAAGUGUGUAUUUUGAAAAUUCAGAGGCAAUAUUUUUUGAAGAUUCGGAUAAAGAAUCAUCUUAUACGUGGAAUAGCGAGUGUAAAAAUAUAAAUAAUUGUAAUGAUAAUUUCGAUGAAAAAUAUGACGAAGAACCCGUUAUACAAAACAAGUUAAAGAUUUCCCUUACGAAUCACAUGGCGAGUGAUUGUUAUCUUGGUCCGAGGGGCGAAAAAGCUUUGGAGCAUUGGAAAACGGGAUGCAAAGGAUGGACCAAAGCUAAUUCCGACACCACAAAUUACAAGUGUUCAGCGGGAUCAGUAUAUCAAAAUGAUCAAACGAGUUACACUGCCGAUGCCAUAUUUUCCGAACGCCUGAAGUUUUUCUAGUUCAAUGUUUCUUUUUUGAUACUCCUAUAUUGGAAUGAAAUCAAUUAUGUGAAUAUAUACGAAUUGAAAAAUAUAAAUGAAAUUUAUUAAAAAAACACCUUCAAAUUAUUACAAAAAGAUUGGUUACGCGUUUAUUUUAGA